AUGGCAAACCAUCUUGUCGUCGACAUCCAUACCCAUGUCUAUCCUCCCUCAUACCUGGCGAUGCUCCGGGCUCGCAAAACAGUCCCCUACGUCCACGAUCCAGCCAAUGGUGAACCACGCCUAAUUAUCCUAUCAUCAGACGAUGAUCCAGCAACACCACUCGAUCAACGAGGCCGUCCAGUCGACACAUCCUACUCAGACAUAAACGUGAAGCUUGCCUUUAUGGAAAAACACGGCAUCCACAGCAGCGUGAUCUCCCUCGCGAACCCAUGGCUAGACUUCGUCCCCAGUUCCGAGGCCCAAGAAUGGGCCGAGCGAAUCAACAAUGACCUAGACUCCACCUGCGCGCAGGUAAACCAAGCCUCCGAUCCAGAUGGAACAAAGCCCGCCACGGAGAAAAAGUCACUCUUUGCAUUCGGCGCUUUACCACUCAGCGCGCCAUCCUCGGUCGUCGUGGCUGAGAUCAAAAGACUAGCCACGCUCCCGUAUAUUCGUGGUGUGAUAAUGGGCACAUCGGGACUGGGCAAUGGUCUUGAUGACUCUGAGCUCGAUCCCAUCUGGAAAGCGUUGGAGGAGACGCAGUUGGUACUAUUCCUGCACCCACACUACGGUCUGCCGGAUGAGGCAUUUGGGGGUCCUGAGGUUAUUACUCGGUAUGGACAUGUUCUGCCACUCGCGCUGGGCUUCCCGCUCGAGACCACGAUUGCGGUUACGCGGAUGCUGCUCAGUGGGGUGUUUGAUCGGUUUCAGAAGCUGCAGGUUCUGCUUGCUCAUUCGGGCGGGACACUUCCGUUCUUGGCGGGUCGGAUUGAGAGCUGCAUUAUGCAUGAGCGAAAGUUUGUUGUGAAUGGCGGCGAUGAGCCGGGGCCACAGCGGAGUGUGUGGGAUGUGUUGAAAAGUAAUAUCUACCUUGAUGCGGUGAUAUACGGAUCUGCGGGCUUGCAGGCGGCUGUUGCGGCUGGAAGCCAUGAUCGUCUUAUGUUUGGUAAGAUCAACUCCGCGCAAUCGUCUCCAGCUAUUGGACUUCGACUGACUCUAAUAGGUACCGACCAUCCAUUUUUCCCGCCUUUGAAGGACGAGGAUGAGAAGUGGCCUAGCGUGACUACCAAUUAUCAGGCUAUUCGCAGUUGCUUUGGUGAUGAGAAGGUGGAUAGUAUCGGCAUGGUCUUGGGAGCUAACGCGAAUCGUGUUCUCAAGUUGGGUCUUGAGUAA